GGGAAUAGUGUGAGACCUGGGUCCGAGGGAGGGAAAGGUUCAGAGGAGCGAGGGAGCGAGGUAGGAUCAGCCGGAACGCAAAAGUGAGAAACCCGGAUGUUUGGCCUCAAUUGACGUCCGGAAGUGAAGGACGUGGACAGAGGCGGGGUAGGAUCUCGCGACAUUCAAGAUUGUCGGAGAGCGAGCGUUGCUGAGACGGGGGCGGGCCGCUAGCGCGCACGCGCGGACUUGGGGCCUUGUCUCACGGCGAAUGGUGGAAGAUGGCGGCGACGCAGGCGGUGGAGGAAAUGCGGACCCGCGUGGUUCUAGGAGAGUUUGGGGUUCGCAAUGUCCACACCACUGACUUUCCCGGUAACUACUCCGGUUAUGAUGAUGCCUGGGACCAGGACCGCUUCGAGAAGAAUUUCCGUGUGGACGUGGUGCAUAUGGAUGAAAACACACUGGAGUUUGACAUGGUGGGGAUUGAUGCUGCCAUUGCCAAUGCUUUCCGGAGAAUUCUGUUAGCUGAGGUACCAACAAUGGCGGUGGAAAAGGUUUUGGUGUAUAACAACACAUCCAUUGUCCAGGAUGAGAUCCUUGCUCACCGCCUGGGGCUCAUCCCCAUUCUUGCAGAUCCUCGUCUCUUUGAAUAUCGGAACCAAGGAGAGGAAGAAGGAACAGAGAUAGAUACACUGCAGUUUCGGCUGCAAGUCAGAUGUACCAGGAACCCCAAUGCUGCUAAGGAUUCCUCAGACCCCAAUGAACUCUAUGUGAACCACAAAGUGUAUACCAGGCAUAUGACAUGGGUCCCCUUGGGAAACCAGGCUGAUGUCUUCCCGGAGGGUACAAUUCGCCCAGUGCACGACGACAUCCUCAUUGCUCAGCUUCGACCUGGCCAGGAAAUUGACUUGAUUAUGCACUGCGUCAAGGGCAUUGGCAAAGACCAUGCCAAGUUCUCUCCAGUGGCCACAGCCAGCUAUAGGCUCCUGCCCGACAUUACCUUGCUGGAACCGGUGGAAGGAGAAGCAGCUGAGGAGCUGAGCCAGUGCUUCUCACCUGGUGUGAUUGAGGUGCAGGAGGUACAAGGUAAAAAGGUGGCCAGGGUUGCCAAUGCACGGCUGGAUACCUUCAGCAGGGAAAUCUUCCGGCAUGAGAAGCUAAAGAAGGCUGUGCGGCUUGCCCGUGUGCGGGACCAUUAUAUCUUUUCUGUGGAGUCAACUGGAGUUUUGCCACCGGAUGUGUUGGUGAGUGAAGCCAUCAAGAUACUGAUGGGGAAGUGCCGGCGAUUCUUGGAUGAGCUGGAUGCAGUUGAGAUGGACUGAAGCUUCCACAGCACUUCAGGGACGGCACGGCUGCUCUCCCAACUGCACCACUGUGCCCAGUGUUGCUAGAGGUCCGAUUCCAGUCUCAUUUCCAGUCAAUACAUUUUAUUAAAUGUGCCACAGAUUAAGAUGCCUUUGUAAGGCCUUUGUUGUAAAUAAAUUGAUCUUAGCAAAAGUUUUUCUUUUUGAGGCUC